AUGUUACCAGAGGACGAGACAAGCACGUCGGGGUUCGCUUCUAACCCGAAGAAACUCCGAGCUUGCUCCACCUGCGCCCGGCUUAAGAUCAGAUGUAGAUGGCCACCAGCCACAAGGAAUGAUGAGGCAACCACAUGCACAAGCAAGAGACUGACGGGGUUCAGGUGUUUACGGCAAGGUAUCCGGUGCCAGGUGCCAGAGCAGGUUCCCAGGAAAAAAAGAGGGAAAUCCAGCCGAGUUACGGAAUUGGAAAAGAAGAUUGACGGUUUGGUCAACCUUUUUCAAUCACAACAGCAACCCCAGCAUCCCGAAUCAUCAUCCUUGACUCCAGAGACAACUGCAUCCAGAAACGAAGAGCACCACAUACGCCAAAUCCUUUCGUGUGCCAGCGCUCAUUUUCCGCCCUUGAAUGACGAAGUAAACUCGCAAUCCAAUUCUGCAAGCUCCAGUCCGGAUUGCAACACCUUCUCUAGCCCAGACAGUGGACCAUCGCCCGGUUCCCUGCAGUUAGUCCCGGGGCUCUCUGUUAGCAUUCAAGAAGCCGAAGAAUAUCUCAACAUCUACCGGACUCGAAUGGUUCCUCAUUUUCCAUUUGUACCAAUUAGCUUCAAAACCACUGCCAUCGAUGUUCACCGGGAGAAAAGAUUUCUCUUUUGGUGCAUAAUUCAAAGUGUAGUGCCUCAAAGUGCUGUUGUUCAGAAGCUAGUUGAUGAUUGGAUUCGCAAACAUGCGGCAAUUCACAUCAUUGUCAACAGAGAGAAAAAGCUGGAAUAUCUCCAAGGCCUACUUCUUUACUAUGCCUGUCAAGCAUGGGGUGACAUUAACAUUCAGGCCGGUAUGAGUGCCAAUGGCCUGUUGUCGCUUGUCAUCGGCUUGGUCUCCGACAUGAGCUUCAACAAAUUCGUCGGACCUUUAUCCUGGAUGCCGAAGAACAUGAGAUCAGAUGCCUUUACUGUCAUAACCAAAGGAAAGCAGUUUGAUCCACCGAAGCCAAGUCUAGAAGAGCAAAGGGCAAUUGCCGGGGGCUAUUUUGUUGCAUCUAGUGUGGGCUCGUCAAUGCGGAGACCUCCUCAAAUUCAUUACACAACACAAAUCGCACAGUGUUGCAAAAGUAUCCGGGAAGCAAGAGAGCUUGCAACUGACGAUAAUUUACUUGCCUUGAUCCGCAUGCAGCGUGUUGCUGACCGCCUUCGUGCGGUCUUUCCAGUCUUUGAAAGAGAAGAAGAAGAUCCUAUCCCUCUGUUCAAGGAGCACUAUGGUGUGAUUCUGUCAUCCUUACGCAAGGAGAUGGAUAGUCUUCCAUCCGAGGAGAUUGCUAUAAAUAAGCAAAAUCCCUUCAUUUGGUCCCAAUACUUGACUCUUCUUGUGAGAGUUUACGAGCCGGCAAUAGCAAUGCGGGCAGUAACCCCAUCGGAAACAAACCAUCUCACAGAGAUUUACAGCAGAGCUGAGGCGUUGUGGACCUGUCUGCAGUCUAUCCAGGAUGCCAUGGAUGCUCUCAAUACUAUACCUGCUGAAUCAUACGCAUACCUAAAUUUUGUCCUAGUCUCUAACACGGCUUUUGUCAUAUUGGCAGCCACCCGCCUGCUGCUAGAAGAUGGGUCGCAUGAUUGGGAUGUGACACUCGCACGACGCAAGAUAGAUCAUGCGGAAAACCUACGUAGGGUCAUGGAGAGAUUCGAAGAAGCCGAUAACUUUGCCCUGAUUGAGGGUCAGAAGCGACGCUUGUUCGAAGACAAUACGUCCAGAUGGUCAAACUACGCAUAUCGAGCAAGAUGGAUGCGACAGUGGUACAUCAGCAAGGUGGCACCAGUCCCGCAAGAGCUUCCGGUGGAACAAGCUACCAAUAUCGCUGAAGGUGCGGUUUCGGAUGAAAACAUGUCUUGGCCGAUAGAUCUGUCGAUGGAACAGGUUUUUUGGGAGCAAAUGAUGCUCAAUGGAAUGUCUUCCUUCAACUUUGACCCUCAGUUUAACCCGGACAUGAUGUCAUCAACAGAGGGAAUAGGACCCGUGGCGAACUUGAUACCCCAGUAA